CCCCGUUUCAACAGUUAAACCCUCAGGAAUCAAUACACCAAAGUCAUCACAAAAUCAAGUUCUUAGAAUAAACAGCACGCCAACUGGCCCUACCAGACCAACAGGGCCACAUUGCCCAUGUGGUCAAUUAACCAUGUCUUUGCAAUGUGGGAGGAAACCAGAGCACCCAGAAGAAACCAAUGUGGUCACAGGGAAAGCAUACAAAAUUCGUGCAGACAAUGGCAGGAGCAGCUUGACUCUAGCCGCAUGAUCAUGAUCUCUCUCGAUAAUGAAUGCAUCAGCUUAUUCCGUCGACCAAUUGAGAGAGUUCAUGGACUAGACACAUCGACCUAUCUGGAUGACCAACUCAUUGCUGCUUCAGCAACCAUGAAUCCUGUGGACAGAAUUUCUGGACAACGAUGUGACAACAACAAUUUCCAGAUCCCUCAACUAUUGGCUGCAUUCCAGGCCUGUGUGACCAAAGAUGAAGAUAUUUCAUUGGAAAGUUAUCUUGAAGGAUGGACAGAACUCCAAAAAAUUAUCAAUGCACUUGGCACUGUUUUUGGAUUUAUAUCAGAGGAAGUGAACAGUAAGAUGGAGAUAAUCAUCCAACAUCGAAAGGGUGUGCAUGGGAAAGAAUAUGCCACUAUAAAGUCCAUGAUUGAUUAUGAACUGAAAAGUGAUUUGGUCAACAACAGUAGGCUUCACAGUGAUGGCCUGGUGUCUGGCUGUCGCACUUUACUGCGUCUCCAUCGAGCACUGCAAUGGCUCCAGCUUUUUCUUGAUAAGUUAAGAUAUGAUUCACAAAGUAAUUCAAUAUCUGAUAUAUGUGCUGAUUCCUACCAGAGGACCCUUGCCAAACAUCACAGCUGGUUGAUACAAAAGGCUGCUGGUUUUGCCUUCCUUGCCCUACCAUCCCGAGCAAAAUUCCUCCACAUGUUAUGUGUGCAAGACAACAAGGACACCAGAGUGAAACUAUGGAAUUCUGUCAAUGCAAUUGAGAGAGUUUAUAAUAUUACACAACACAUGUAUGCACAACAUGGUAUGCUGGAAUUGCCCUAGUCCCAAAGCACUUCAUCAAAUCAGAUGUGUGCUAAUGAGAAGGGGAAACAUUGUCAAUCAUCGCUCUCAAUAAAUUGAUUUUAAGGUCCAAUAAACAUCCAAACCUCAAACAGUUGCACAACAUGCACAAAGCAUUGAGACACUGGGUGAUACUGGACCCUGUGCAGGGUGGAAGCGUGCAUAAUUCACAAUCAUCGACAUUGAGUUGGGGUUCAGUUGAAGAGGCUGGUCCGACAUGAUGAAGUAAUAAUGUGAAGUUUUUUUUUAAACCGCAUUUUUGUUCUGUGUUGGGUUGACAAUAAAGGAGUUGUUACAGUUUCCGUUGAACUUAAAAUGCCUCUACCAUUUUAUUUACAAAAACCUACAUCAGCGAUCCCGAUGCUCUAGGACGAUUGCAGUUAUUCGUUGUUGGGUUGGUACAAGUUAAGGCCCAAUUUGCGCUGCGUGAAAUCUCCACAGCCAACACUAGACUACGUGGUAGCAUUGCUGAGUAGUUCCAUGGUGGUGAGACUGGUGAGUCUGCUUGAACACCCGCCUGAACACGAUAAAUAUCAAUUGCUGAAAACUCUUCUUUUACAGACUUUUGGACUAUCGGAGUCUGAGCGCACCAAAGAGUUG